GUCACACAACAAACUGAGCACUAGACAAACUAGAGGGCUAGGAAACCGCUAAGCUGUGGUAACAGAGUCAGCGUUAUAAACAACCUGAAGAUCUCUUUUUGUAUAACUAAGUGUGGCUUCAUAACCUUAAAGAUGUCGUUUGUGAGAGUGGGGCGUCCACAACAACACACCAAAGGGAAAAGGGCUGUUCGGCCCAAGAAGGCAGCUGCUCCAAAAAGAGAGUGGGUGAACACUGUCAGUGACCUGUCUGUGCACAAGCUGACACCUGCAGAGCUGAGCCAUCGGCACGAGAUUCACAAAUCCCACAACAAGGCAGCGGCUCAGUGGGAGCUGAGAGAGAAAGCCCUAAAACGCCGUUUCAGACACCCUGGGAGCCCUGCGCCUCUCGACCAGGCCAGCCUCAGCAUCAUCAGGGAGGUGUUCUCUGACCAGCUGCUGCUCCAGGAUGUGCUAGCUCGCUCUGACAGAGCCAUGGCUGUGGUCAAAGACUUGUUUGGAGAUGCUCCACGCAGGCACACUGGGCACCCCAGUGUGACGAUGGCUCCAAGCUGUGACUCUGACUCAGUGCUGCCUGUGCUCCAGAGACCAGAUCCUCGAACUCAGCUGUCACUGCUCAGCCAGUCUAUGAUGGACCAACAGGCUCUUAAUGAAGUAGAAGCUUCAGGGACAGACUACAGUGAGGAUGAUACCUUUCCUACUGACAACCAUAUAAUCCAAAGGGCCAAUCUACGAAAAAUGAAGGCAAAGUCUCGGGGGAGAUCGAUGCAGCGACAGAAAGUUCAUCGUCCUGAGUCUGACCUAGCAGACAGAGACAAUGUUUCUGUAACCCCCUGCACAUCAGGCAGAGCACCAGACCAAACAGCUCUCAAUGCCACAGUGGCUGUCCAGCGUGUUUGGUCCAGACAAAGGCAGUUAGAGGAAGGCAAGGAAGAACCGACAGUCCUGGUUUCUCAGGUCCUGAACCCUGAGCUGCCUGUUAACCAGUCAGACAGGAUCAGUAAUUGUACCAGCAGGGCCAGGAAGUAUGUUUCUCAGAGUUCAGAGCUGAAUGGCUCCUCUGUUGCCUCUCUGAGUGGGGACCAGUCCAGUCUGGGCCUGCUGCAGGCCAUGUUGGGUCAGGUGGAGGCAGAUUUGGAUACUCUGAUUCCUGACACUGAACCAGCUUCAGCACAGAGUCCAAAACUGCACAGAAAACAAGGUCUCACUGGAUUCUCUGUUACCUUGGUCUCCACUCUGGGACGUUUAGUGCACCUCCUCAAACAGAGGGAGGAGGAAGCUCAUAAAGAGGCUCAGGAGAGGAGAAGACUGGAGGAGGAGUUGAGAGAGCAGCAAGGGCUUAUUGAUGCUCUCACUGCUGAGACAAUGACUCUGAGACAAGAAGCCACCGCUCUGCAGGCAAGGUUGCAGCAGCAGACAGCAGAGCUGGAGCAGAAGUUGGACACGGUGGUGUUGGCAAUGGGGGGACUUGGACUACUGGAGGCACACAUUGAACCAUACCAAGGCUUUGAUGUCAAAGCUGCAGUUUGUCAGCCUGCUCCAGUUGCUGAGCGGAAUCCUGAACGACUACAAGCCUCUGUUUCUCCUGCUGUGUUGCUCUCCCCCCCUCGACAGAGAGACAACUCGCAACAAGUUCCUGGGACUCGGCCUGUACAGCUGCACCAGGAGCUUCCUCAUGUAGAUAAGCUUUCCUGCGAGGGCGUCCAAGCCCACAGCUCAGUCUCCAGCCUCACCAGCCUUCCUCUGACCAGCCUGCCUUCCACAUCCUCCUUAUCACUAACCUCUGACCCUCUCAGCUCACAGCUCUCUCAGGAGGCCAUGCUGGCUGAGAUCGCUCAGCUGAGUAGACAGAACGACCUGAUUAAGGCCCAGCUUAGCCAGGCUAAGGGCUUUGAGACAGGGGUAAGAGGAUCGUCUACUAGCAGCAACGGGCAGAGAAGAUGGAGCUCCGGCAGCACGGGAAGCGUCACGCCCCAAAGUGCUGGAGAGAGGACGACGUCAGUUUGCAGCAGCACAGGAAGAAGGAGUCGGCAUGUCCAGGCUGCUGAAGGAGAGCAAACGACUGAUCAGGCAACAUCACCCAACACCCUCCUCGCCAGCAGUGUGGAACAGCGCCUCCUGGAGCUGAACAGACAGAGUGCAGCAGCGAGGGGUCGACUGCUGGAGCUCAUUGAGCAACAGAAGCAAAAUGUUUCAGCCAGAGUUUCUCCCUCUGAUUCCCCCAUCCCUCCUUCUGCCUUCAGCCCACAUUCAGCAGGAGGAAGUGGAAGUCCAGAGGUGUCCAUGCUGCUGCCUGCACAGGAGCUCCCAUCACAGACUGGUGGUGGCAAGAGACAAUAUGCUGGCUCUGAAGUGUCUUCUCCCAGUCUUGGAGGAGAAACAAGGGAUGGCAAAACACAGAUGGAGAGACGGAGAGAGCGAGAAGGCUGGUUCGCCUUGUCCGCUCAUGUAAGGUGACAGGAAGAGGACUUAACCUGAGGACUUCUCCUUUAUUUUUGUGUGUUUUAUCUAUGUAUUUUUUAAAUGGCUGAAUUAAAUGCUGAUU